AUGUCAGACCAAUCUCGCCAAAAGGCAACAGUUUUCGUCGGUGGCCUCUCAAACGAAGUCACACCUCAAACCCUCCACGAGGCUUUCAUACCGUUCGGCGAAAUCGUCGACGUCUCCUUGCCCAAACCAGAACUACCAUCGAACCAUGACCCACAUCGAGGCUUCGGCUACGUCGAGUUCUCUUUAGCCGAAGACGCUCGCGAAGCCAUCGACAACAUGGACCAGGCCGAGCUGUACGGGAGGGUCAUUAAGUGCAACCAAGCGAAGCCGCAGAAGGAUGCUAGUGAAGGACUAGGCAGUCGGACGGCUGUGUGGGAGCAGGAAGGAUAUGCUGCCAAAUACAACAUGGCAGAGGAGGAUGGCGCUGCGGCAGACGUUGAUGGUGACAAGCCGAUGGACCCGAUGCAAGGCUUGGAAGGACUGGACGUGGCGGGGCCACGGAUGCAGUCGACGUGA